ACAGAGACUCCCUGGGAGCUGCUGCGGAAAGCUAAACCGGGAAGCAGGAAAUGCCCAAGCUUCUUUAUGUAGAAAAACAGCUGAGCUCCCUCCGGACACAGAGGCCAUGGGAAACCAGCUCUGCUGCAGGGGAAGCUGGAGCUGCCCAUCAACUUUCCAGAAGAAAAAGAGAACAGGGAGCCAAACAAGACAGGUAUUGAAGGCCCAACCACAGCAGCUGCAGCCGAAUGGCACAAAGGACCGUGACACAAGAGGACACACGUAUGAGCGCGUGUUACAGGAGCCCAAGUUCCAAGGGAGGAGCGAAGGUCCCGUGUCAGAGGACAGCAACUUGUAUUACGCAGACAUUCAGGUGUACAGUCACAACCAGCCGCGCUCUGCCCAGCAGGUGAAACACCUGCAUUUGGAAAACGCCACGGAGUAUGCGACCCUGCGUUUCCCCCAAGCCACACCUCGCUACGACAGCAAGAAUGGGACCCUGGUGUGAGCCUUGGGGAGGAGGGAUCCGUUUCCAUCAUUUUACCACUACUGUGGGAAGACUCUUGGGGAAAUGGGUGACAGCCCAGCAAGCUGGCCACGUUUUAUGCAAAAAACAAACAAACAAACAAACAAACAACCAAAACUCCAGAGCCCCGGAAUUGCGGGUGUUCCCCAUCCUGCCUCCCCUCGACGCCUCUUAUUUCCAGCUUGAAGUUGGGUUAGAUAUGGGGGGGGGGGUGUCUGGGUUCCACGAAAGGAGGAGGUCAGGUCGAGUGUGCAGGAAAGUAGGUCUUUGUCUCCUAGCACUGCUCCUGUUGAGUGCAGAAAGAACAGGUCACCAUCUACUCAUUCGGGCUUUGUUUACGAUGCUAUUUACCCGUAUCCCUCUCACACACCUUAAACUCCACAGCUGAAGAGAUGCUCUCUGGAAUAGCAUUCUGAACUUUUGCACCCAGCCCCCAAGGCUGGCCUGGACAGUUUACUCAACGGCUGGGUCAACAGACAUAUGGGGCCAGGGGCUAAGGCAUGGAGGAAGCCUCCCCACUGCCUACGAGGGCUGUGCGUCACUGACACUGAGCACCGCGAAGCCCUGAAAGCCCCGGUGGUUGGACCGCGGAGCCGACAGAAUCAGUAAAUCGCCUGAGAAGCA